GAGUUCAUGCAGAAAAUGACGUCAUAAUUGCCGUGCUACCGAUCAGCUGCUAAGAGUGCUGUAGUGAUUCCAUCGUUGGUUUGAGGAGACAGGAAGAUGAGUAUUUGUGUUUGUUUUGUUUGUGGUAACAAAAUGCUGGAAAAUACAGCAGAAUUGCUUUAUUCACGAGUUCGUAGUCCUUCUGCGCAAUACAAGUAUGGGUGUCCUUUCUUUCCAUUUCUUGAAUAUCAUGAUCCUGCGCCAGGUGCGGAACGAAUGAGCGAUCACUGGUCAGUUGUAUCUUGCCAGGUUUGCAAAGCUUUUCUUACACAACAAUGGGAUUCUUUUGAACGAACACACGUGCCUAUUAACAAGAGACUCUAUUGGCUGAAAAGACCAACAGGAUGUGAAAUUAGGCAGCCGGUUUCUCAGAUCGAACUCGAAGAGAUUUUGAAUGAACACUCAAAAGAAAAUUCAGAUAACAAAAAAGACUCAAGUAGAGCAUACAAUUCAGAAUCAUCGGAUGACAUGCAUAGGAACCGUGCUAACUCAAGGCAAAUUGAAGAAGAUCGAUUUGACAAAUGAUACAUCUAAUGUGGUAUUGCUAUGAGAUCACCAGUAGAUUGAUAUUGAGAAUGAAAUUUAAUGAAUUGAUAUGCACAAACUGCAAACGCGGAAGAAAAUUCUUCCUAAACGAAUAUGGUACAUUAUUAUGCUGUUUGUUAGAUUCAUAGCCCACACUUCAUUCCCAAUACACCGUCCUAUUCGAGUAGCAGUUGCAAAGCCUUUAAGGUGCCAGUCCUCAUCCAUUUAAAAAACAUGCGUCUCACUGUUUAUGACUCAAGCGAGAAGAAGUGUUGACUAAAAUGCAAAUUAUCCAUGUACUACUUCUCACCUGUUUUGUAUUGUGGUAAGCAGUAAAAGUCUGAAUUUUCUCAUUCGGCUCAAUAAUAAUAAGCCAAGUUCUAUUUACUUAUAAAUGCUUUUGGUAGUCUCUGUUAUGGACAUUAAUUAGAAGGCCCAUUCCAAAUACUUCCAUGAUGUACGAAUGUAUGAAAAUGUUUUUAUACCUUCUAAUAACAAAUAAUUUUUAUGCUGCUUAUUUUUAAUCCUUUGCUUUUUUUGCUGGUACUUUUUUAUUUUAACUUUGCACUAUUUGUUGAUUGUUUUUCCCUUAUUUUGUACCUUUUCAUAAAAUACUUAUAUUUCUAUUAUUAUCAGUGGUGCUUUGCAAAUUAACACAGAUUGUGCUCGUCUAUCAACCCGGAUGAGAUUGAAAUAUACGAAUUGGUUAGAACUUUUUUAAGCCAUCUUAUUAGCCGAAGGGCUGCUGCUGGCAAAAUAUAUUUUAAUACCACCAGACUGAGAUGAUGAACUCAUCAAUAAUAUAAUAGCCAGCGACUCAUCAUUUAGAGUCAAGUCUUGUGAGAUUAGAUUUCUUAAAGCAGCAGCUUGGAUCAGUUACAAUGCAUGACUUGGAAUGGUCUUAAACAAUUGAUACUACAAUAACUUCUGGUAUGUAGGAUCUGCCGCUAGGAGCCGCUACAGACUUUUCUCCGCGACAGUGCUUCAUUUAAUAUCAGGACCAGACCCUUUCGAUUUUACUUGUAUGUUGGUUGCUUUAUUCUCGACUGUUUUUUAUGGUUAGCAUGGCUAUGCAGAGGCUGGUCUCAAGGAGUCUUAAAGUAUGGUGGACACAACAUAAAAAGAAAGUGGAAUCCCCUCAACUCAGCAAUGUCAGUUCACAUUGCAGGUAUUUGAACAAAUAAUCCAAGAUUGGAAUCUUGUAAACUAAGAAAUGGUCAUAUUCUUCCAAAGGUAUGCACGUCUCAGAAUUGAACAUAAAGAUGCAUAAAUAGUUACUUUAUUUCAACUACAGGGAAAAAAAUCGUGAAGAUUCACAUGGUAGAUAGCAAAAUAUCAAACCAGACAUUUCUUGUGCAGCAGCUAUAUCUA